AUGACUAUUUACAACACCAUAUUCUUCGGUGUGUGGCCGUUAGUUUUUGACCAGAAACCGCUCUACAGAAGAAUCUACAACAUCUACUCUUGGUUUAUUUUUCUAGUAGCAUUUCUUUACGUCACCACUGAAUAUAUAGAAAUAUAUCUCAUUGUAACGACAAAUUUAGACGUGUUUAGAUUGAUCAAAUCAGCUGUGUUGAUUCCUAGUUACACCAUGGGGCUCAUGAGAGGCCAGGCUGUGAAUACUCCACGUACUCAGGAGUUGAUUAAGAAAAUUCAGGAACGAGAAAGACAGAUAUAUGAAUCUGAGGAUGAAGAUAUCAUUAAAAUUUACAAAGAACGUGCCACGAUUAAUAAUAAAUUCAAUUUUUACUAUAUGAUGCUUAACUAUUGGGAUACCUUUGUCUAUUUAUAUAUAAUAGUUCCUGUAUUUUACCCAUACCAAGAGAUCUACGAUCCUGUCACAAACCAAACCAAACUACACAAAGAUUUGCCAAUUUACUCAUGGAUCCCAUUUGACCAGGAUGAAAACUAUUACAUGGCGCUAUCAUGGGUAGAUCUUGCUGCAACUUGUUGUGCAAUCUACAAUUAUGGAACCGACAUCUUCUUUUUCAGCUUUUUUAAUUAUAUUAUGGGACAACUGGACAUUCUUAAUUAUAUUAUUUUAAAUUUUGACAAAUAUAAGGAGAAAAUUAAGGAACAGCUUGAAUGUGACGACGAAAAAGCUGAUUUUGUAACCAUGCAACUUUGCAUAAAAGAACAUCAAAGGAUAAUGAGUUUUGUUAAUAAUUACAAUAUUGCUAUGCGGAGUGUGAUGUUGCGAGACUUUCUGCAGAGUUCUUUACAGAUAGCAUUGGUGUGUAUUUUCGCAUUGAUGGAAGUAGAAAUUCUUGCUCUGACAUGUGGAGUGGGAUUUGGAUUUAUUCUUCUGUGCAGAUUAGGAAUCUACUACUGGUAUGCUAACGAAGUAAUGACGAGGAGCCUUGACUUAGCAACUGCACUAUACACAGUACGAUGGUACGAAAAAUCACCAAGAACAAAGUCACUAAUGAAUAUUUUCAUGCUUAAAUGUAAUCAAAUAACAGGGCUGCAGAUAGGAACAUUAACAGUGAUGUCUUGGGACAUAUUUAUUGGAAUUCUCAAAUCAGCCUACUCGUUCAUGACGUUUGUAACACAAACAUAAAUACAAUGUGUGUUUCUAGGUAUUAAGAAAAUAGUAAAUCCAGGUAGAAAAUUUUCACUGCU